UUAAAGGACAACAUGAACAAUCGUACUUCCACAUCUACCUUUCUGUUGCUGCAGUUCUCAAGCAUCCGAGGAUUACAGAUCUUAAACUUCUUUGUGUUCCUAGUGUUGUAUCUGAUUGCACUAGCAGGGAAUCUUAUCAUCAUCCUUGCAAUUGCUGUUGAUCACAGACUGCACACUCCCAUGUACUUCUUCCUUUUGAAUCUGGCCAUGCUAGACCUUGGUGCUAUUUCUGUCACAGUACCCAAAUCAAUAGCCAUUUCUGCUAUGAAUGAUACAUCCAUUUCCUUUGCUGGAUGUGUUGCUCAGGUUUUCUUUUGUUUCUUCUUUCUAUCAUCAGACUUCAUUGUCUUAAUCAUAAUGGCCCAUGAUCGGAAUGUUGCAAUUUGCAACCCACUCCAGUAUGAGAGAAUUAUGCAUAAGAGAGCCUGUCUUCACAUGGUGGCCAUCGGCUGGAUUGUUAGUCUCGCUUAUGCCACAUUGCACACUUGUGGUACAUUUGCAAUCACCUUCUGUUCUAACAUUGUUGAUCAGUACUACUGUGAGAUACCACAGCUAUUAAAGCUCUCGUGCUCUGAUAUUUACUUAGCAGAGGCUGGGCUUUUAGUAUUAAGCUGUGCUGUAGGGUUAGGAUGUUUUAUCUUCAUCAUCAGAACAUAUGUGCAGAUCUUUGCUACUGUCCUCAGGAUCCCUUCUGUGCAUGGUCAGAAAAAAGCCUUCUCCACUUGCAUUCCCCACCUGACUGUUGUCUCUCUGUUUAUGUUCAGUGCACUUUUUGCCUAUGCAAAGCCUGUCACCAAUACCUCUUCCAAUCUGGAUAUAGCAUUUGCUAUGAUAUAUGCCACAGUUCCUCCCAUGCUGAAUCCAUUCAUCUAUAGCAUGAGAAACAAAGAGAUCAAGAAUGCCCUAUGCAAACUGUUAGAUGUGGUACUUUCCUCUAAAGCCAUGCUUAGAUGUAUUCUGCAAGAAUAA